AGCUUUAUUCAGGUAUUAAACAUGGCUGUACAGCAGCAUGGUAAGACGAGGAUAGCAUAUUAUUACGAUGGUGACGUUGGUAACUACUACUAUGGCCAAGGGCACCCAAUGAAGCCGCAUCGUAUACGCAUGACUCAUAACUUGUUACUCAAUUACGGUAUCUAUAGGAAAUUGGAAGUUUAUCGACCUACCCCAGCAACGUUUGAGGAGAUGACGAAGUACCACUCAGACGAUUAUAUGAUGUUUCUAAAGAAUAUUCGACCAGAUAACAUUUCUGAUUACACUAAGCAGAUGCAACGUUUCAACGUGGGAGAGGACAACUUCCAGGAUUGCCCCGUAUUUGAUGGGGUAUUUGAAUUCUGCCAGCUGUCUUGUGGAGGCUCUUUAGCCGCUGCAACAAAGUUGAAUCGCAAACAUGCUGAUAUUGCUAUCAAUUGGAUGGGUGGUUUGCAUCAUGCAAAGAAGAGUGAAGCAAGUGGUUUCUGCUACAGUAAUGAUAUCGUUUUGGCUAUCUUGGAGCUGCUCAAGCACCAUCGGCGAGUGCUUUACGUGGACAUAGAUAUACAUCAUGGAGAUGGCGUGGAAGAAGCUUUCUAUACAACGGACAGGGUCAUGACUGUAUCGUUCCACAAGUAUGGUGAAUACUUCCCGGGCACAGGUGAUUUGAAAGACAUCGGUGCUGAGAAAGGGAAAUACUACGCACUCAACUUCCCCCUUCGUGAUGGAAUAGAUGACGAAGCCUAUGAGCGAAUUUUCCGGCCGGUGAUACAGAAGGUUAUGGAAAGCUUCCAACCAUGUGCAAUUGUGCUACAGUGUGGCGCUGAUUCUCUCACCGGAGAUCGUCUUGGUUGUUUUAACCUAACUUUGAAAGGCCAUGGCAAAUGUGUGGCAUUUCUGAAAAAGUUUGGUAUCCCUCUGAUGCUCGUCGGUGGAGGUGGAUACACCAUUCGCAAUGUAUCGAGAUGUUGGACUUAUGAAACAUCUGUAGCUGUAGAUACUGAAAUCGCUAAUGAGUUGCCUUACAAUGACUAUUUCGAGUAUUUUGGACCAGACUUCAAACUCCACAUCGAGAAAUCUAACAUGACGAAUCAGAACACUCAGGAUUACUUGGAGAAGACAAUGACGCGAUUGUUCGAGAAUCUUCGAGAGUUACCAUAUGCGCCUUCAGUACAGAUGCAGCCUAUUCCUCCAGACACUAUAUAUGUUCCGGAAAAGUCGUUACUGGAAGACCAUACUAAUCCUGACGUGCGAAAUCCAUCUGCAAUUUACGAUCGCGCUGUAGAACACGAGAGUGAGUUCUUCGAUGGCGGCAAAGAAGGAGCCAAGGACGCACAGAGUCACAAGCGUCGUGCUGAUAGUCCGAUCAAUCCCGCGGAUGAUAAAAAGCCAAAAACUGAAGAUGAUGCUGGUGCACCUCCCAUCUAGUUCUUCGUGCACAUUGCAUAAUCCUGCCCAUAUUGGAGCAACAUAGAGAAGAGUAGUCAGCAGUAUUUUCACCGCUCACUUGAGUCGUCUGAAGUGAAGCUGCAAGAUUUACACGGUGUUGUUGUGAAGGAUAAGGAUAAUUUGUUGAUCUUCCUGCCGAAUGCAUGUGUAUAUCUGUUUAUGUGUAAUUUAUGAACUGAUCUUCGAAUAUACGGUUUCAUGUUCUCCUUUUCUCUUCAUUUACCCUCUAACUCCUUUAUCUAUGUUAUGUCUAAUGCAUGUAGCUAGAUUUUUUCUAUUCUUAUAUUACUGUUUG